AUGGCAACAAACCAAUCGUGCAAAUCUUUGUGCGGGCCAGUGGAAUAUCCACCCGAAGAUGCAACAUUCGUAAACCAGAGGAUUUUGAACGGGUUCGAUUUUAAUUGGCUCAUUGACGGUUUACCGGCUGCACAGCUGGUGACAGAAUUAGAGUAUGAUGAGCCGUUCUACAGCCCUGGAUUUGAUUUAGGUAGGGCAGAAGAAGUUCAAGCCCCGGACGGCGGCAACGACGUUAUUGCAACCCUCAACAACCACUACGAUCUAGUCAUUGACUACCACGAAGCCAGCAAAGACAAUUUCCGCGUUGUUGGCGUAAUUGUCGUACCGUGGUCGAUGGCCGACAACGGCCAAUACGUCAAUAAUGCGGAGGGCUACUGUGGUACACCAGAAAAUCAAAACCCUGUAGUACUAAGCAUAGAUGCUGGUCAGCCUAGCAGUGUAACCUUCACCUACAGUGUCUGGUGGCGUUUGAGCCCUACACCCUUUGCAACGCGAUGGGACAAAUACCUCCAUGUCUACGAUCCCAAGAUCCACUGGUUCUCGCUGGUCAAUUCCGCAGUCAUUGUAGUGUUUCUCAUAGGCAUGGUGAGCACUAUUUUCGUGCGCACGCUCAAGAAGGAUAUUGCGAGGUACAACCGCCUUGACCAGAUGGCGCUUGACGACUUUGGCGACGGUGGUGCUGUUGAGGAUGGCGUCCAGGAGGACUCUGGGUGGAAACUCGUCCAUGGUGACGUUUUCCGACCGCCCAAGCACCCCCUUCUCCUAGCUGUGCUAGUCGGCAACGGAGCACAGCUCUUCAUGAUGACAGGACUGACCAUCGCUUUCGCAUUAUUAGGAUUCCUCUCCCCGAGUAACCGUGGUGCGCUUGGAACUGUCAUUAUCAUAUUCUACACUCUCUUCGGCUUUGUCGGUGGCUACGUUUCGUCGCGCAUCUACAAGUUCUUUCACGGCGAGUCGUGGAAGUUGCUCUUCUUCUACACCCCCGUCGCCAUACCUAGUCUCGCGUUCGCUACCUUCUUCCUGCUCAACCUCUUUGUGUGGGGACGCGGGGCAUCUGGCGCUGUCCCGUUUACGACCAUGCUCGUCGUAGUCAUCAUCUGGUUCGUCAUCAGCGUUCCGCUCAGUGUCGCGGGAUCCUGGCUCGGUUUCAGGCAGGCGGCCAUCGAAGCGCCGGUACGAACAAACCAAAUUCCUCGACAGAUUCCUCCUACCGGCGGUUACCUCCGACCUCUCCCGUCGAUGGCUCUUGCCGGUAUCCUUCCUUUUGGAGCCAUCUUCGUCGAGCUCUACUUUAUUAUGAACUCGAUCUGGUUCUCGAAGGUCUACUACAUGUUUGGAUUUCUCUUCAUUUGCUAUGGACUCAUGAUUAUGACGAGCGCUGCAGUCACUGUACUCAUGAUCUACUUCCUACUCUGCGCUGAGAACUAUCACUGGCAGUGGAGGAGUUUCUGCACGGCUGGUGCGAGCGCUUUUUACGUCUUCGCAUCUGCAUUGAUCUACUGGAUGAAGGAUGUGAGCUUCUUGAGCUGGACAAGUGGUGUAGUCUAUCUCGGAUACAGCGCACUUCUUAGUGCACUCGUCUUCGUUCUGACAGGUACAAUCGGCUUCCUUGCCAGUGGUCUAUUCGUUCUCAAGAUCUACAAAUCUAUCAAGGUCGAUUAG